CCGGGCCCGUACGGGGGUGCGCGUAAAGUUGGCAGCAGCCUUAACUGAGGGGCGGCCGUUGGUAACUAGCUGAUCUGUGCCAGUCAACGGGUCACACUUUUGAAACGUCUAACAGAAACAGUGAGAAGUAACAACCCGUAAUUAAUGCCAUCGUUAUAGACGGUGUAUCUGAUGCAUUUGUGACAGCUUUCCUACUCGUAGUACACAGUGGAUGAAAAAUGAGGCCACGGAGGACGCAGAGCCAGACCAUAAUGAAUUCCUUUUUCCAGAAUAUGAAAUUUUGAUAGAACCUGAGGAACCAGAGUUUCCUGCUGACAGCACUGUGGAUCCUGAUGAUGAGAAAGGUGCUGUGGAUGCAUCAAAGAAACUGGAAAAACAAGAGGAAAGCAGAGUCACAAGCACUACAAGUGAUGCAUUAGAUGAAGAGACAUUGGAAGCAAUGGCAAAACAUGAAACUAAAGAAGACAAAAUCUUCCAAACAUUUAAAGAUCGAAUAACUGUUGAGCCAGAGCAGAUAAUUAGAUACUGCAGAGGAGGAGAAGGCCCAAUCUGGGUAUCAGGUGAAAAUAUUCCUGAAGAAAAAGAUAUCCCAAAUUGCUUAUGUGGUGCCAAAAGGGUAUUUGAAUUCCAGAUAAUGCCACAGCUCCUGAACCACCUUAAGGUUGACAGCCUCGAGGAGAGCAUUGACUGGGGAACACUGGUGGUGUACACGUGUGCUGAGAACUGCAGUGCAGAAAACAAGUAUGCUGAGGAGUUCAUAUGGAAACAAGACUUCUCUAUAGAGUCUUCUGAACCUCCCUUAAGUUCCUAAGUUGAAUCAUCUAUAAUCACACUUAUUUUGUUCUUCAACGCAUCUGCAGGAAACUGAACUAACAGCAGUGAUACCAGUCUAACAGUUCUCUUCUUGGUAGGGGAUGGGAGCCCCAGGCAACUUCAUUCUUACGCUCUUGAAGUUGGUAAUAAAGCCAGAUGCGAUUCUUCAUUGAAUUUCACUUCAAAUCUCAACUCUGAAUGUUUAUUUAAAUAAAGAUUAAAUGGUUUUGGA